AGGAUGUCGGACACACAUUAUGGAUAUGUGCUGUACAUAGGCUUAUCCUCACCGAGAGGAUGACUUCGGACCGCUGUGAUUCUCUCGGAGACUGGAAAAACCCCCUUGGUGAAAUGCUGGACUCCAACGUCUCCGCACCAUUGCGCGAAAGCAAUGCCACAAAGAAUGCCAGUUGUGGAUCUGUAUCCGUGGGUUUCCCAAUAACCAUGAUGGUCACCGGCAUGGUGGGCAACUCUCUGGCUCUUAUCCUGGUGUGUAUUUCUUACAGGAAGAAGGAGAACAAGAGGAAAAGGUCUUUCUUGCUCUGCAUUGGAUCGUUGGCUCUGACUGAUUUGUUUGGGCAGCUUCUGACGAGUCCGAUCGUUAUAUCAGUUUACCAAGCCGGCCUGAAAUGGGAGCGCAUCGAUUCCUCGGGCAAGUUGUGCGCUUUUUUCGGUGUUUGUAUGACCACUUUCGGCCUGUGCUCUCUCUUCCUGGCGAGCGCCAUGGCUAUCGAAAGGGCUUUGGCGAUAACAAAUCCCCACUGGUACUCCAAUCAUAUGAAAACAAGUGUGACCAAGCAGACUUUGGCUGUCAUAUGGUGUCUUGUGUUGCUCUUUGCGCUUCUGCCCAUCGCGGGUGUGGGGAAAUACACGCUGCAGUGGCCAGGCACCUGGUGCUUUAUCAGCACCGGGGACAGAGAAGUUCCGGGCAACAUGUUUUUCUCCAUCACAUUCGCUAUACUUGGGAUUUUCUCUCUGCUUGUAACUUUGUCCUGCAAUGUAGUGACUAUCCGGGGGUUAAUUAUCCGCUGCAAAACAAAAUCUGGCCCGUCCCAGUCUUCAAAACAGUGGGAACGACUCACAACGGAGACGGUCAUUCAGCUCUUAGGAAUUAUGUGUGUUCUGCUUGUUUGCUGGUCUCCUUUACUGGUGCUGAUGCUGAAGAUGAUCUCCGCCCAGAUGUCAUCCCAUCACUGCAAGCCAGCAGUGGGGUCCUCUUCGCUCACUUCCGGCCGGGAUAUCCACUUAGACUGUAACUUCUUUCUGACAGCGAUCCGGCUGGCUUCCCUCAAUCAGAUCCUGGACCCUUGGGUCUACCUGCUCCUCAGGGAGAUCCUCCUGCGCAAGUUCUGCAUGGUGGCCAAUGCCGUGUCCAACUGCUCCAUAGAUGAUCAGAAGGAGACCCCAACAGCGUUGGAUGCCCUUAACAAGCAGAACCAGGACACCAACAGCCUCCACAAACAGCAAAACGAUUAAAAGAUCUUUGGAUAAACCAAGGAGUAGCCAUUUUUGUAGCCUGGAUAUUAAGAAGGAUGUCAAUGAUGUGUUACGGGAAUAAGGAUUUGAAUGAAAUUGCUUUCUGUGCCAUCCACAGAAAGAUAUUGUGCAAUUAGGAGACAGAGCGGUCUCUGUUGCAGUUUUAAUGGGCAUCUGCCAAGUCUGCUCUAUCUGUGCUUGUUUCUGUUUUCCUUUAAACAUAGUAAGUUUAAGGUUAACCAGCAUGUGGAUGCAUGACCUUGUCACCUCUUACUUCAGGCUGCAGUGUGGGCGCCAGGAAACCUCUGGUGCUACCCCUCUGUUUUAAUGAAAACAAUCAAGGAAUCUGGUAAUUGCUAUUUUUGUUGAACUUUUUGAACGCUGGAUAAGGCCAAACUGACUGCUCUUUUCAUUUUCUGAACCCAUUUGCUGCUUGUAUCAGCAGGAAGCCACAUGCAAAUUUGAAGGUCAAGUGCUUUUUGUGAAUGUGCAUUAAUUAAGAGAGAAACUGUAAAUUGCUUGUGACUAGUUUUCACUGGCCUUGUCAUAUCUUACAUGAAAUGUAACUAUUUUGUAA